AACCAGUCUCAAAAUUACUAAAUCAACAAACCCAUUUCACUUUUUAGUGUUCACUGCAAAGCAUUGCAAAUCUUCGAAUUAUCUGUGUUUAGAUUAUCAAAAUGGCUGAAGAAAACCAGCAGAAGAUCGAGACGACCACCACUAACCCCGUUGUUGGUGAUGAGGGCGUUGAGGCUAAGGAUCGAGGACUUUUUGAUUUCCUGGGGAAGAAAGAGGAAGAGAAGCCACAAGAGGAGGUGAUCGCUUCUGAGUUUAGUGAGAAGGUCAAAGUUUCUGAAUCAGGGGAGAGCAAAGAGGAGGAAGAGAAGGAGGAGAAGCACGGUGGUAUCCUUGAGAAGCUACACCGUACUAGCAGUAGCUCUAGCUCUUCAAGUGAUGAAGAAGGUGAAGGAGAGGAGAAAAAGAAGAAAAAGGAGGAGGAGAAGAAGAAGAAGAAAAAGGAGGAGGAGGAGAAGAAGAAGCAUGAAGAAGAUGUAACCGUCCCUGUAGAGAUAGUGGACGAGUCAGUUCCUGAAGAGAAGAAGGGAUUCCUUGAAAAAAUCAAAGAGAAGCUACCAGGUCAGAGCAAGAAGACUGAAGAGGUACCACCUCCUUUUCCUUCCCCUACUCCUCCACCAACAGAGUCUGCCGCAGCAGCGACUGAGGCGGCUGCUCAUGAAGGAGAUGCCAAGGAGAAGAAGGGGUUCCUUGACAAGAUCAAGGAGAAGAUUCCUGGGUAUCAUGCCAAGACCGAGGAAGAGAAGGAAAAAGAGAAAGUGGCUCCCAUUAAAUAAUUAAUACAACGUCUGUGAUCAUGAUCGUCCUUGUCUGCUUUGUCUGGCUAUUUUCGUUCUUCCUUUUUUGGGUAUAUUGUAUUAUUUUGAAGUUUUUUUUUCUUUGUUAAUUGUCUUGCUUUUUAUGCACAAAAAUAAUAGUGCUUGUAUAUUGUGGAUAUCUACAUUUAAUGCGAGUGAUCUACAGUUGUGUGAACUUCCACAUUUAAUCGAUU